CUGCAAAGGGACCAGGACGACUGAUCCGUGUAAACGAAAGAAUGAAUGGGGCCAUGUAUCGUGAGAUUUUGAGUGAAAACCUCCUUCCAUCAGCAAGGGCAUUGAAGAUGAAACGUGGCUGGGUCUUUCAGCAUGACAAUGAUCCCAAACACACCGCCCGGGCAACGAAGGAGUGGCUUCGUAAGAAGCAUUUCAAGGUCCUGGAGUGGCCUAGACGUGUAUUUAACAUCAACAACAGCAACAACAAUGAAGAGAAAAAAGAAAAGAAAGAGAAGAAAGAAAAAACAGAGAAGAAACAAAAGGAUGAAAAAGAAAAAGAAAAUGAGAAAGAAAAGGAAAAAGAAAAAGAAAAAGAAAAGGAAAAAGAGAAGGAAAAGGAAAAGGAGAAGGAAAAAGAAAAAGAAAAAGAAAAAAAGGAGGGGCCUAAGGAGGUGUUUGUGAUUAACCCAGCGGGACUCCUGUACUAUCAAUGGCUGCUUAUAAUCACAAUUCCUGUCAUGUACAAUUGGACAGGUAUAAUUGCAAGAGCCUGCUUUGAGGAGCUGCAGCACAAUUAUCUCCUGAUAUGGUUCCUCCUGGACUACACCUCCGACCUGCUUUAUUUGGCUGACAUGGCCUUCAGAGCACGAACAGGUUACCUGGAACAGGGCUUACUAAUCAAAGACGAAAAGCUCCUUCUUCAGCGGUAUAAAGGCAGUCUCCAGUUCCGCAUCGAUGUCAUCUCAAUGCUACCCACGGACAUCUUCUACUUCGUUUUAGGAUUAGACUACCCAGAGAUCCGCAUAAACAAGUUGCUCCGCCUGAACCGCAUGUUUGAGUUCUUCACAAUCUCAGAAACCAUGACCAACUACCCCAACAUCUUCCGAAUCUGCACUUUGAUCAUGUACAUCAUCAUCAUCAUCCACUGGAACGCAUGCCUCUUCUUCUCCUUCUCCAAGUCCAUUGGGUUUGGAUCAGAUCCAUGGGUGUAUCCCUCUCUCACCGAAGACGAGUUUGGAGAGCUGAUGCGAAAAUAUUCCUUCAGCCUCUACUGGUCCACUCUUACCCUCACCACCAUCGGAGAGACGCCGUCUCCAGAGCUAGACUCUGAAUUCCUCUUUCAUGUGGUUGACUUCUUGGUGGGUGUCUUGAUCUUUGCCACCAUUGUGGGUAACAUUGCUACAAUGAUCUCAAAUAUGAACGCAGCCCAGGCUCAGUUCCAAGCCAGGAUCGAUAACAUCAAGCAGUACAUGCAUGCGCGGCAUGUUAGCAAGGAUCUUGAGAUACGCGUCAUCAAGUGGUUUGACUACCUGUGGACUAACAAGAAAGCACAAGAUGAACGAGAGGUUCUGAGGUACCUGCCAGACAAGUUACGGGCGGAGAUAGGCAUGAAGGUGCACUUAGAUACCCUCAAGAAGGUGCGCAUAUUUGCCGACUGUGAAGCAGGGCUGCUGAUCGAGUUGGUGUUGAAGCUUCGCCCUCAAGUCUUCAGUCCCGGUGACUACAUCUGUCGCAAGGGCGAUAUUGGCCGGGAGAUGUACAUCAUAAAGGAUGGUAAACUCGCUGUUGUGGCUGAUGAUGGUGUCACUCAAUUUGUUGUCCUUGGCGAUGGAAGCUACUUUGGAGAAAUCAGCAUUCUAAACAUCAAGGGCAGCAAGGCUGGCAACCGUAGAACGGCCAAUAUCCGAAGCAUAGGAUACUCAGACCUCUUCUGCUUGUCCAAAGAUGAUCUGAUGGAGGCUUUGACGGAAUAUCCAGACGCUAAGGCCAUGCUGGAGGAAAAAGGGAGACAGAUCCUGCUGAAGGAUGGUUUGUUGGAGCUGGACCCUGCGAAACUGAAGCCGGAUGAGAGGGACUUGGAGGACCGUGUAAACCGAGUAUACAACACAAUGCAAAUCAUGCAGACCAAGGUGAAGAAGCUGCUGGCCGACCAGGAGGAAACGCAAAAGGAUAUCAAACGGCGGAUUGCUCAGAUAGAGCGCUUUGCUGGAGAGGUGGUGGAGGAUGAGGAUGAAGAGGAGGAGAUGGAAAAGAAGGAAGAAACAGAAGAGCAAAAGAAAGAGGAAGAGCCAGAGAAAGAGAAGUUAGAAGAAGACAAGGAAAAGACGGAUGAAAAAGAGGAGGAAGCAACCGAAGAGGAAAAGAAAGAUGAGGAGCCAUAGGAUAAGACAUUAUGAGACUGUUUCAUAAUAAAAGAGAGAAUAAAAUAUAAAUACUAAAUGCAAUCAAAUUAAAAACAAAAA